AUGCAAGAUCUAGAUACAAGGGAAGAGGGGUCUCAUACAUUACCGGAAGAUAAUACUGAUGAAAUAUAUGAUGCUGAUGAGGAAGCAAAUAUUGAAAAUGACAAUGAAUAUGAAAAUCACCCAAACGAAAUGACAGUCAAUUCUAAUAACUCAACGGAUCUGACACUUUCCGAUACUGAAGAUGACUAUAUGUUAAGUGAUGAUGAAGAGUUGAAUAGAAUUCUAAGUCGUGAGACGAGUAAUCAUGGUUUACCGAGUUCUGGUAGUAUGGUAGAUCAUGCCAAAUUUUUUGCCGAAGCAUUAUCUCAUGCAUUAGAUUCAGUUGAUAUUGAUCGAUCUUUAGUUCUUCAAGCUCAAAUCAGUGGGAAAUUGAAUAAUGAAAAUCAAAAAAUAAUUGAAAAAAAAGAAUUAUUAAUAGAAAAAUUAAAGAAUAUUCAAUUAAUGUAUGGGAAGAAUUUCGGAUUAUUACAAGAUUGCAAAGAAAGUAGAGUUGAAAAAAUGAAAAAAGAUAUAUCAUUUAUUGAAAAUAGAAUUACUAAAUUAAUGUAUGGAUCGGAAACUAAAUCAUCUAUUCCCUUUUUCAAAAAUAAAUCUAAUAUGGGGGUCGAACAAAGAUUUCCAAUUGAGUUUAAUCAAGCUAAAGAUAAAGUAUUAGAAAGACAAAUCGAUGAUGAUGAUGAUGACAACAAUGAUGCAACGGAUUUAAUAUUUUGA